GUGAGUGUACAGGUCCAUCUUUUAAUAAACCAUCCCGCCGGCGCGCCUCGCACAAAACAUACACCAGUAUCAUUUGACAAUUUGUGAGCAAUCAGUGCAUUGUCGCCGCUCUUUAUUCAGCGGCAAAUAAUACAUGGAAAAUUGUCAUUCCUAUUGUAUGGCCGCCAUUGUUGGUCUAAUGACAGCGUUCAGCUCACAGUACGGGCCUGGCCGGCUGAGCGGCGGCAAUUUCGGACAACUUAAAAUACCAAUUUAGUGUAACCCAAAUUAGAGCGCGAAAUGCCUCAAGCCUCAUCAAAAUAGCGUAAUCACUAUGGCGUACCCGAUAGAAACGUCCGCUUUAACCAAACCAGUGCAAAAACUUUCGCGAAAUCCUAACCCUUAUCACAUCAAACGGCCUAUGAACGCCUUCAUGGUCUGGUCCAGGCUUCAGAGAAAGAAGAUAUCAUUGUUAAACCCAAAGCUUCACAACUCUGAGAUCUCCAAACGGCUUGGUUUGGAAUGGAAGAGCUUGAACGAGACAGAGAAGAGACCAUUCAUUGAUGAAGCGAAGCGACUCCGAAUAAAGCAUAUGCAGGAUUAUCCGGACUACAAGUAUCGCCCACGAAGGAAAAACCGUCCAGACAUUACUGUCUUCAACCCUAUGUACAGAGAACCCAUCCCUGAAGAACCGCGUCCAGAACAGACUUACCAAAUCCCAUUAAGCUACUCUGAUCAGAUAAUGUACAACAAUAUGAUAAGCUACACGGUCCCGAGUGUGCCGCAAGCUUCGUACGUCCCAGCGAGGCCUAAGGAAGAAGCGCUGCCGAGUUUGGACUUGCGGCCUCUGCCUUCGAUCGAGAGUAUAUCACCGAGGCCGUUCGCCCUCGUCAACCAGCAAAUGAUGGUGAAGGCAUAUCAGGAUCUGCACUACGUGUCCGACGAUAUUACGAGGAUAUCCUACCACUAUCCUUUCGGCGUCCAGUAGGGUGGAAAAGAUGGAAGGUGUUUUGGAUUAGUUACCAUUUUUCUUGACAAGAUUCUUCUUAGAAGCAACAGUUGUGAAAUGUUAUUGCGAUGCAAACUGAUGCAGUAGACGCAAUGCAAACAUAGAGAGAAGGCAAGUGCGAAUAUUUACCCAGGAAUGAAUACUAACAUAAUUAUACAAGAUCCAAUGCCUGUUAGAGCCGAUAUUUUAUGAUUAGCUGAACCUGGAUAAGCACGAUACACGUUCUCUUUUGAAUUGCUACAUAGAAUCACUAGAGUGCCAAGUGUAUUGGAACAAACAAAUAUCCCAAUAGCUGAGUAUACUCGAGUAGACCCGAUUCUUCAAGUGACACCCUAAUGACCACCAAGUAGCAUAAUAUAUGACAGCAGUUGAUACUGUAUAAAGGUGGUUUUACUAUAGAAAUUGACAAUAACACCGACGCGUUCAGUAUCAGUAGUUACCAUAAAGGUGAUGUUCGGAUGGCAACUGCAGCUGCAUUACUGCUGGGACUUCAUUGCUGUAGCCUUGACGCGGGCGCUGUCAUCUGCCAAUUUCCUUGAUACCAUUAGCGACAGUGUCUUAUCUGCUGCCUGUGACAGUAUUUGGGAAUUCAUUUUCUAAUACGUGCUAAUUGUCAGCCGCAUGGACAAUUGAACUACAUUGAAUUUGGAGUUACCGCUACCACUGUUUUAAAUAUUGUUUCCUUGUCAUUAUUGUAAUAUUAGCUUUAACUGUUUGUGGCGUUAACAAUUACCUACUAAUAAUAAUUAUUAAAUCUGAAUGAAAACGGUCCUUGAAAGUUAA